CAGGCAGACAGCAGGCCGGUUGGAGCUUGGCUUGGCGCUGGGUAACAAGCCCUGCGAGUCGCGGACGCAUGCGCAGUCGAUAAAGCACAUUCGAAUCGAACGUUAGCAGCGGUACCGCCGGGCCGAGCACGAGACCACGAGACCACGAAAACGACGAAAAAUAGCGGCGUAAAACGACGGCGACGAACGACGAACGACAACGGCACUUUGAUUGCAAUUUUCAUUCAUAUUCAUUCAUGCGAACGUAUGUACGAGUAGCGCGACUGUUUCGGCCUUUUUGAAAGCUCUUCUGGCGGCUGGUCUGCUGUUCGGCCGUACUUUCUUUUCGCACUCACGAUCCCCAGUCCCAGUCCUAGGUACCAAUCCCAAUCCUUGGGCAGCUGGGGUACCGCGUGGCAGCCAGCUUUCGUUUUCGAUCGAUACGAGGCACGACCCCGUUCGGACCGGUUCAGGCUUCUACGGCUGCGUUACUUAAUCCCCACCACAUCCCAGCAGCGUUCAUGUAAUCAUAAUCCUGGACAGCCAUGCGAUCGCUGCCUCUGCCUCUGGAUACCGUCGGGCUGGUGUCGCUGAUCGUUGUCGCUAUGUGGUGGCUGCAACAGGUGACGGCCACCCUACGUCAAUCCCGCGAAAUUAUCAUAACAGAUGCGGUGCGGCGCAUACAGAACGAUGGCUACAACGUCGAACGCCACACGGUGACAACAAAGGAUGGCUAUGUGCUGACGCUACAUCGCAUACCGCAGGUGGACCCCAAUGAUGGCACAGUGCUGCGCCGACCCGUUGUCUUCCUGCUCUCCGGCCUGUACGCCUCGUCGGAUGUCUGGCUGCUGAACGGACGCGAAGAUUCGCUGGCCUAUCUACUGUGGCGCGCCGGCUACGAUGUGUGGCUGGGCAACAAUCGGGGGAACAUCUACUGCCGGCAUAACCUCUGGAUGAACGCCACAGAGAGGGAGUUCUGGAACUUCAGCUGGCACGAGAUGAGCAUCUACGACAUGCCCGCCCAGGUUGACUACGUGCUGCGAGCCAGCGGUGUGGCGAGGAUGCACUUCGUGGGCAUCUCGCAGGGCGGCACCAUCUUCCUCGUGUUCAACUCGAUGAUGCCGCAAUAUAAUACGGUCUUCAAGACGGCCACCCUGCUGGCUCCGGUGGCCUAUGUGAGUAAUACGAAGAGCGGGCUGGCCAAGAUCGUCGGACCCAUACUGGGGACGCGCAACUACAUCUCCAAGAUGCUCGAGGGCGUCGAGAUGUUCUCCACGAACAAGUUCUUCAAGAAGCUCCUCUCAAUGACCUGCCUGGAUAACGAGAAGCCGCUGGUGUGCAUCACGCGCCUCUGGCCCGCCGUUGGCUACGACACUCGGUUCCUUAACAAAACCCUUCUGCCGGAUCUGAUGGCCAACUUCCCCACUGGCGGAUCAGUCAAGCAGCUGAUGCACUACUUCCAGGGCUACGUAUCCACCAAGUUCCGGCAGUACGACUACGGCCCGGAGCGGAACUGGCUGCACUACCAGCAACUGGAGCCGCCGGAGUAUGCCCUGGAGAAGGUGUCGACACCCAUAACCAUUUUCUUCUCGGAAAACGACUACAUUGUCGCCCCGGCCGACAUCUGGAAGCUCUUGACGCGGCUGCCCAAUGUCGAGGCCGCGUACAAGGUGCCCUGGAAGCGAUGGAAUCAUUUCGAUUUCAUCUGCGGCCUGGGGGUACGAGAAUACAUCUUCGACAACAUAGUGGUAUCCAUGAAUCGCUACGAGCACCGACGACGUCGCUAGAGAUGCCCUCGAAAUGGAUGGAAAGGCCAGAGAAGGGCUGCAGCCAGAACUAUCAAUAGUGCCAAAAAAAUAACUUGUAAAUUUACGAACUAGAGUCUUUGGUUGAUCCGGCGAUCAACUCUGAAUCAACGCGUACUGAUUAAUAAAUAAAUAAUAUAUUUAGCUUAGAGUAGAUCCCAAAUCA